AUGUUCAAGCGUGCCUUGCGAGUGAUACCCAGAAGAACCGUCACUUUCCAGACGUUCAACACCCCGAACCCCAAUGCCCUCAAAUUCGUCGCUGUCGAUAGUGCCAUUGUCCCCCUCGAAAAUAAGCUGUUUGAGUUCACGUCAUCCCACGAUGCCAUCCACUCGCCGUUAGCCCGCCAGCUCUUCAAAUUGGAGGGGGUGCGGCUGGUGAUGUUGGGCCCCGACUUUUUGACCGUCAAUAAACUUGACCACGUCAAUUGGGCUCACUUGCGCCCCGAAGUGGUGGAGUUAGUCGAUACCUUUUUGACGCAAAAGAAGGAGCCGGUAGUGCUGAGAGACUUGCUUGAAGAAGGCGAACGCGAAGCCGCGGCCUCGGAAUAUGAUUCCGAGGUGGUGCUGAUGAUUAAGGAGUUGCUUGAGACGCGUAUUCGUCCCGCCAUCCAGGACGACGGCGGCGAUAUUGAAUACAGAGGGUUUGACGAAGAUACCGGGACCGUCUUCGUCAAAUUACAAGGCGCCUGUAAGAGCUGUGGCGAGCUGGAGGUGACGUUGCGGAACGGGAUCGAGCUGAUGUUGAAACACUACAUUGAAGAAGUGCACAAUGUCGAGCAGAUCUUGGACCCGGAGGAGGAGAUUGCGUUGAAGGAGUUUGAGCGGAUGGAAGCCAACCUCAAGAAGCGGAAAGAAUCGCCGCCCCCUUCGUUGUAA